UAGCGGGCGAGGAAUCCUUGGAUUGGAGAGAUGCCGCUUCCCCCUGCGUCUCGACUCCAUCCAUCCAUCCUCCCUCCCUCUCGUUCUCCUUCCCUCAGCUUUCCUCUGCGUUUGAAGCCUGAAACUUUCAACACCAACCGCUAACGUAGCUGAACCGUAAGCAAGACAGCGCCCUCUCCCCAGAGAGAGAGAGAGAGAGAGAGAGAGAGAGAGAGAUGCAGAAGAUGGGUGGUUCGGGCCCAUUCAACGACCAGAAACACCAACAACACUCGAUCUUGUUCUCCUUCUGGAGGUUCUUGCCUUACACCAUCUACGCCAUCCUUCCCCUGGCUCUCUUCCGCCUCUACUUCUACACUCUCCCUCUCCCCUGGUCCCCCACGGACCACCUCCCUGGCUCCGAUCACAUCCUCGUCACGCCUUCUCUCUCCUCUCCCCCUCAAGCUGAAGAGGCAGGAGGUGCUGCCAUCACUGAAGCCCAUCCUCUUCUUCUUCCUCCUCCUCCUCGUCCUCCUCCUCCCUGUGACUACACCAAUGGCAAGUGGGUCCGCGACAAGUCGGGCCCUCUGUACAAUGGGACGACUUGUGGCACGAUAAAGGAUGGCCAGAAUUGCAUCGCACACGGCAGGCCUGAUGUGGAGUACCUCUAUUGGAGGUGGAAGCCACAUCAAUGCUACCUGCCCAGGUUUGAGCCAACCAAAUUUCUCCAACUUCUCAGGAACAAAAAUGUCGCCUUUGUUGGUGACUCCAUGGCCAGGAACCAGCUGGAGUCCCUCCUCUGCAUGCUGUCCUCCGUUUCUGACCCCACCCUUGUGUAUAGAGAUGGAGAGGACAACAAAUUUAGGAAGUGGAACUUUGCCGGUCACAACAUGACCAUUUCGGUUUACUGGUCACCUUUUCUAGUUAAGGGUGUGGAGAAAUCAAGCUCAGGGCCUGAUCACAACAAGUUGUAUUUGGACUCUGUGGAUGAGAGGUGGGCAGGUGAUUUGGGUUCACUGGACAUGGUGGUUCUGUCAGUUGGGCAUUGGUUUCUUCAUCCUGCUGUGUAUUACGAGGGUGGUUCUGCCCUGGGUUGCCAUUACUGCCCCGGCUUGAACCAUACCGAAAUCGGCUUCUACGAUGUGUUGAGGAAGGCCUUGAGGACAACGCUUAAGGCCCUGAUUGCUAGGACCAGGGCUAGUGGUAGAGCGACGGAUGUGCUUGUGACGACGUUUUCGCCCUCGCAUUUUGAGGGCGACUGGGACAAGUUCGGCGCUUGUCCCAAGACGAAGCCUUAUCAAGAAGGUGAAAAGCUGCUUGAAGGAAUGGAUGCAGAGAUGAGAAAAAUGGAGGUGGAGGAAGUGGAGGCUGCGAAGGCAGAUGCAAGAGAUUUCUCGGGGUUUAGGUUCGAUGCCUUGGACAUAACCAAAUUGUCGUUGAUGCGGCCAGACGGCCACCCGGGACCGUACAUGUACCCGUUCCCGUUCGCUGACGGGGUAAAGGAUCGCGUGCAGAAUGAUUGCGUCCAUUGGUGCUUGCCAGGGCCCAUAGACACAUGGAACGAGAUAUUGUUAGAGGUGAUCAAGAGAUGGAACGGCGGAGAGAUGAACAAGUGAUCUCUAGGUCAAGCAUGACGAGAUUAUCGAUCAUUCGAUGACUUUGGCAGCAGCAUGGUGGUGAUUUUUAUCUCUGGAACGAGACAAAUAGAUGAGGUAGAAUGAUGAUGCAGCUCUGUCUCCGAUGAAAUUCGGUGACCAAAUAUUGAUCACUGAGAAGGAAGACAACGGGAAUGAUUGAGGAAACUAAAGGAAGAAGGUUCUAAUGUUGCCAGAGAAAGGGAUUGUUUGGAUGAUAGUGUGCUCUUUGCCUUGUGCACAAAAUGAUUCCACAGCUAAAAUCAUAAACCGAUUGUCCUUGGCCAGUUCUUUUGUCCUGUUCGUGUACAGAAAGUUUCAUCUCGGUUAGUUUUGGGCAAAUAUGCUCGUAUUCAGUUUUGUCUUGAAAGGAAGUCGUGGCUCCACCACACUUGUUUGUCUUAUUUUGAGAAUUCAAACUUCUUCUGGCUCUUGAA